AUAAACGUUACGCUAUAGAUCUAUGUAUACUGUAUGUGAACGUCAUAAGGUGGUCAUUUGCUGUCUAGAUCCCAUACGCUACAAAGCUUGCAUUAAUUUUGUCGUGUGCAAGUACGUUGUAAUUAUGCCUGGAAAGUUGCUAUCUAUCUCUCUCUUGGUCAUCACACUAGUUCAGUUGGUCACUGGACAACAAGUUUACCUGACACUGGGAUCGGGUCCUCCUAUCACUACGAACAAUGUGGAUAUAUCUAUCACUGACAUUGGAGAGGAUGCUUUUAGUGAUGGUCUUCCUUCUCUCACCUGUCACACUGACCUCACUACCUGCUGUAGAAGUGCUGCUGACAACAAUGGUAAUGGAGGACUGGGACAGUGGACGUAUCCUGAUGGGAGUGUGAUACUGAACAGUGGUGCCUCAGCGUAUGAUGGACAGCACUUCUACAUUAACAGGAAUGCACCUCAGCUUAUCAGACUGGCUCGUAGAGAUUAUAACAACCCUCUCACUCCAACCGGGUCCUACUGUUGUACCGUACCAACUACUGGAGGAGAUAUGACCCUCUGUGCCAACCUGGCUGGUCCAGCCACAUGUUCUGACAAUCUCCCCGACAUUUCUAAUGGAGGCGUAACCUAUGCUAGUGGGCUCACUAACAACAGACCAGUGGGUGCUACUGCCAGGUACAGCUGUUUUGGUCCCUACAGUCUUGUUGGAGUGUCAGUGAGGACCUGUCAGAGUGAUGGAACCUGGAGCUCGUCACCAGCUCCAGUGUGUCAGCGUGUAUGCUCUGAUUUACCCUUACCAACAAAUGGGAUGGUCACCUACAGUGAUGGAUCCUUUAACUACAGACCAGUUGGCACCAGUGCUACACACAGCUGUAAUAAUGGAUAUACUCUCUCUGGAGGAGACACAAGGUUCUGUCGUUAUGGUGGGAUCUGGAGUGAAUCAGCUUCAGUGUGUCAACUGUGCCUGUCUCUCCCUCCUCUGACUAAUGGGAUGAUCUCCUACUCUGACCAAGGUCAGGGCACUGUGGCUACUUAUAGCUGUAACCAUGGUCACAAUCUUGAUGGAGACGCCACCAGGACUUGUGAGAGUAAUGGAGUGUGGACUGGGUCAGAGUCAACUUGUCACCCACAAACAAUAAUACAGCUUAAGUUUGGACCAACAAGUCAUUGCCUUAACUGGAAUGAGGGUAAAGCUGCAACUAUAAGUGGAAACCUGCGACAGAUGGUCUACAAAGUUAUAGCUAAAAACAGCGAAGGCAUCUCAUUGGCCAAUAUCGAUGAUGGUGUGUUCAGUUGCCGCACAUCUCAAAACUACACAAUAUUUCGAACCACAAUUGACGGAACAGCAAAUACGAAUUCAUCGAGAGCAGCUGCCGUUAUCCAGGAGUGGGUGGAGUCUGGACCUGUGAUGAGGGUGGAGUGGUAUCUGGUAGAUGUUAUCAGUGGCAAGUGUCCAGUUGUCAUUGACUCCUUGAGUGAGGAAGAAUGUAUAGAGAACCAGUGUGUGGAGAGUUGCUUGGCUGUGUGCAGGGCGAGGGGGUAGACAUAAUAAUUAGUGGGACUCAGCUUUAUAGCUUUAAUUAAUAACAGUGAACACUAAGUCUUACGUACUAUAGAUGGCUUAAAUGUUUUGUGGACAAAUUGUGUACAGCGUGCACAUGUAGUGG